AUGAACAUCCGCAUGGGGACAAAGGGCAAGCGGCCACUGCGUAGCUUGACCCCCCGGGACAAGAUCCAUGCGAUCCAGCGCAUCCAUGAUGGCGAAUCCAAGGCAUCGGUGGCCCGGGACAUUGGUGUGCCGGAGUCGACACUGCGCGGCUGGUGCAAGAACGAGGACAAGCUCCGCUUUAUGUCCCGCCAAUCGGCGGCUGAUAAAAUGUGUGCCGAUGCAUUGGUGGAUAAGCUGGAUGGCUCCGCUGGUCUGUUGGGGCCACCAGAGAAGCGUCAGCGAUUGGACAACAAUUCCCUGCCAUUGAACUUCUCGAAUAAAAUGAACUUUGAUGAACUGGCCUUCAAGCGCUCGCCCUUAAAUGGCUUGGACUAUAGUACAAAUAAGAGUUUAUCCGACAUGAACUACAACGGACUGCCAGUUGAUUAUGUGGGCUUCAAUGGAGCCGUGAAGAACAAAGUGUUUGGUGCAGAUAUUUCCCGGCCGGGUCAGACGGAUCCAUCGCUCAAUGCCAUUAGUCCACUGUCGAGUCUUACACACUUGUCCGGACUCAGCGGUAUUUCCCAAUCCCCGCUAGCGAUCAGCUUCAAUGAACUAACCUCAAACCUUAAUCUGCUGGCCCAGCUCAACCCCGGAUUGGCGGCCAUGUCCGGAUUGAACAGUUUUGCGGCAACAGCCAACACACUGCGCAAUCCAAAGCCAGCUCAGGUCAGUCAAUCCCAGGUGCAGAGUCCGCGCAGUGACAGCGGGGAAAGGGAGAGGACUCCAGCGCUGUCCGUCAAGAAUUGGGCGAAGCAAAAGCCAUCGGGCAACAGCUUGACUCCAUCCGACUGUGACACCAAAAGUGGUAACAUCAAGAGUCCGAGUCCUUCCCUGGCGCCAUCGCUCGUGGGCUGUGUGGCACCUCUGUCGGGCCUGCCCGAUGAUCCUCUGCUCUACUGGCUCAAGUCACAGCAGGCGAUGCUCGGCCUGAACAGCCUAUACCCGCCGCCAGUGUCAAUGGGCGUCACCAGUCCGCCCAUCCGAUCAUCCACACCACAGCAGCAGCAGAUGAAUCAAUAUGCCAACACUCCACCCAUUCCAUCGGCUCCACUAACUCCAUCGUCGACACCAUCGGGUAGUCUGGAUGACAAGAACACAGCAUGGUACAACUGGUGCAAGGCCUUUGGCGCCAGUCUACACUCUCUCAAUCCGAAUGCGGCCACACUGGCAGCUCUCCAAGCGAAUUCCCUACAACAUCACGCCUCAUCCGGCAGCGCAGAGGCUUCGCACAUGGAAGACAUCGCCAAGCCGCCGUUUGAAAACAUUCUCUACUCACAGCUAACUAAAGAGACUGGAACUGGAACUGGAACUCCGUCGGUUCGAAGUCUGUCAUCCAACGAGCAUAACCAUAUGGAACCAAACGAUGCGACGACAGAUCCCGAUGCUGAUCCCGAUGCUGAUGUCGAUGCCGAUGCAGAUGGUGAAGCAGCCGGAAAGCCCGAGGAUCUAUCAGCGAAAUCAGUGAAGACAGCCAGCUCCAGUUCCACCCCUAGUCCCACAUUGGCAUCCCCAAGUCCAACCAGUCGCGAGCAGAGUCCCGAGCCGAGUGCGGAGGUGGGCACGAAGCCGAGCAAUGCCGAGGGGAACACUGUCGGGGAGGAUUGCAAGAGUGUGUUGAACAACAUCAUCUAUAAGAUUGGUGCAUCCCACAAUUCAACGAAUCCCAUUAACACGGAUGUUGGCUGCGAUUCCGAGACAAGUUUCACAAGUGAUAAUCAUCAUCAUCAUCAUCAUCAUCACCACAACAACAACGAUGUCAGUGCCAGCAACAACAAUAACAGCCACAACAGCAACAACAGCAACAACAACAACAAUAACAACUCGAAUAAGACCGAUGAGGAAGAACGCGCCAAGUACAUGAACUUCACUGGUGACAUGGACAUGGAGAGUGCGGACAUCGAGGAAGUGGUGGCAAUCCGGCAUGGCGAGAAGUUUCUCCAGUGGCUGGAGAACUGCAGCAAUCCACGUGUGACAGCCGUUCAACUGAUGCAACUGCGAUUCCUGAUCGCAGCCAUCAAAUCGAGCAGUGAUACGCCCUCGGGACAGGGCAAUUGUCUGGCCGAGAAUGAUGACAAUUUGCACGAGGAUUCAAGUAGAAACAAGUCGCGUCGCCGGAAAUAGGACAAGCCGAAGUUGGCGCUUUCGGAGCCAGCCACGGAUACCAUUGAUGCAGUCGAAAUGGAGCCGAGAAAGAUGAUGACUGAGCUCGAUAUGGAGGAGAGGCGAAGAUGGAACCAAUCGAAGCUUGGUGACUUGAGCUGCAUCUCUUCGAACUUCGCCAACAGAUGUCAACAGUUCACGCCAGCCGUCUAUCAAUCGUCGGCCACCCUGCUCAGCUCCCUGAUCUUCCCUCCCUACGAAUUUGUACACUGUGACCUCGAUCUCGACGAUGAUCCCGAUGACUGCCAGAUAACGGGCGAAUAUCAACAGACCGAUGAGCCCGAUGAGCCCGAUUCGAGCAGUGAUGAGAAUGUACAGAAUGACUUAGAGUAAACAAUUUCUUCCAUCUCAUUAAAGUAUCUAUGUAUAUGUAUAUGUAAUUGUGUAUCUGUAUGUAUGUUUUAACUAUACUGUAAGCUGAUCCAGAGCCGAUGCUCGAAUUUGAACUAUGAAUUGCAUUUGGUUAAUGUUCACAAGUCUUCUUUAUGUUAACUACUCACGUACACACACACACACAUACACUCGUACUUAGCCUUGUAUUAACUAACUAGACAUAGGUAAAGAAUAAUAUCUUGUAAAUACUGGUAAAGAUUCAUGCAUUUUUUCGAUUAUUCUUAGCAUUAUUUGAACUUAUCUUUCUUUAUAUCAAAAUAAACAGAUAUUUAAUGUUUUUAUGCAUACUAGAAAAAUGUUAAUGCUUGAAGUUUUUAGUUAUAGUACAUAUAUCUAAGAACAAAAUAAUACUAUAAGACAGACAGACAGACAGACGGACGAUCGGACAAACAGUUAGGCGGACAGAAGCGAGUCAAUCGUAUUGAUCGGAUUUGAUAUUAGAAACUUUUUAUUAUUAAUUAAAAUACUCAUGCAAAUAUUGAAACAUGUGCUCAUAAGAAUUUUACCAAUUUGAAAUCCAUCAAAUAUUCAAAUAAAAUGAAUUUAUGAAUUUAUAAAUGUAGACGUAUUCAUUUGGAAACCAUGUUUAAUAAAACAUUUGAAUUAGACAAUUUUUAUGAAA